AUGGACAGCGCAGACGCUGCGACAACAGCGGCAUGGGCGUUUGCCGCCGCUCCGGCAGAAGGCGUGCCAGCUCUGGAGUUGCUUGUGCAUGAGUACGCAUGGCUGAGCGCGCUGCCUUUCGAUGAUCUUCUGACGCACAGUGGCUCUCAUCAGGGGCGGCUGACGGGCGCACGGGAGCUGAUGAGCUCCCUCCUGUCGGUGUCGAUGCCGUGCCCUUCGCCUGCGCAGGGGUCGCUGUACGUGGUCCUGGCGUCACGCGUGUACGUGGCUCUGUACUUGGAUACGGUGGAGCGUAAGCGCCGACUUCUACACUCGGAGAGGUCGGAUACGUUUGCUUGUGUAGACGAGGGCUUUUUUCUUGCACGCGUGCACGCUACAAUGCAAGCAUGGACGCGUGAUCUCGUCCCCUUUCUCGUGCACUCGGUUCUGCCGUGCCUGCAUCUUCGCGACGCGGAGCCUACCACGGUCAGAGCUUCGAACCCACUAGAUCGUUCACCGACUGCGCCAGGCCUGGCAUCGGACGAUGACACCGAAAGCAAGCCCGCAGAGCAGCAGAGGGAUCUGCUCGAGGCACUUCAUGUGUACCGCGUGCGCGAGGAGCUCGUGCGUCUGGUCGUCGCGCUCCACAGCACUACAGGCGACGAAGAUGAUGCAGUCGGCGCGCUGUUGCUGGCAGCGUACGCUACACUGUGCAGCACAGAAGUCUGUCCCUCCCUGGCUUUGCCACGACCACCUCUUCGAGGGUCAACGACCGCCACCCUGCAACAGUGGCGCGCACGCUUUUUGCAAGAGAUGAGCCCGACUGCCCCGAGCAACGUGGCAGCUGGGCGUCAAGCCCCAUCCGAGACGGAGGUGGACGGCGACCUCGGCGCCAGUUUCACCCAAUGUCUCGCGCGCCUCCGCGGGGUUGCGGGCGAGGUGCACUGCUACCCCUCCGGCGACUCUCUUUCGUUUGCCCUAGCUGCUGUGCAGGCUUCCGGGCUCUCCGGUCGCCAUCGCGGCACAUUGCACCUCGCUGACGUCGAGAGGGGCACCGCGCCACCGGACAGCACCGCAGCCAGCCUCGCAGUGGAGCACGAUCGAGAAGUAGAGGCGUCCACGCUGGUGGCACUGGACGCAGUGGAUGCCCAUUCAGGGGAGGCCGCGGCAGGGUCUCCGGAGGAGUGCUUUUCUUCGCCGCUGUGCCGACAGGGAGCGCUGUUGCUUCUCUCUGACAUGCUUCGGCACCAGCUCACGGCGGCGGCGCAGCCGUCAUUCGCUUACUCGGUGUCCGCUUCGUCGCUGCUUCUCGGUGUCGCAGAUGUGUACAUUGUAGCUCUGCGUUGCGCGCGCAGUGCAGCCGCGCUCCUGCGGCAUUUCCUUUUUUUGCACGAUCUUCUAUCCGCUGUGCCCAAGUACACGCUCUGCUGUGCCGAAGAGGCGCAGCUCCGCGAGCUGCAGGCCGGUGGGCAAGGGGGGCUCGACUCGUGCCACACGAGGCGCUAUGAGGCGCUCUUUGCUGUGGCAAGGGAGCUGCUAACGAUCUCCGCUCUGUGCCCCGUCGAUGAACACCGACGAAUGGCUCGCACGGUGGCACUGGAGCUCCUGGAGCGACUCGAGGAGCGGACGCGGGUCCGCAUGCACGGCUCGCUGAUUGCGCUUUGCCCCUACCCGUCCAUCGCCCGCUUCUUUCUUGAAGAGUUGCUGCGUGAGUGGCGUGCGGCGCAAAGCGAGGGCAAUCAUCUCACCGAGGGACAGGCAUCACCGGUGCACUCGUUGAUGCCUUUGGUGAUUCGGGAAUGCGUCCAAGCUUUCCUCACGCAGGUGUCGAUGGGCACGAGCGGCUUUGUGGACCCGCUCGUUGUUGCGCUGAACUUUGUGCGCGUGGAGGUGAGUCAGCAGACAUGGAUUCGCUCAUCCUGCACGCCGGCUGCGAUGUCAGCGGCUGACGAUAACGAUGCCUCUGUGCGCUGCGCAUGGUGCCAGCUGCUGCGUGCCCUUCGUGAGCAACUUCUUCCUCGAUGUCACACACUCAUGACGAACGCUUCGACUGCAUCCGAAGAGCAUCAGACGAAGUCCUUUGCCGUGGAGGUGUCUCUCACGCCGCUUGACUUGUUCUCGCUCAGCUGCGCGGUCGAGGGUCUCGAGGAGGUGCUAGCGUAG